AUGCCGGAGACGGCUCGGAAGAGACACGUGAAAAGGAGCGGUAAACAUCGCACUAAGAUCGUUCAGGUUACUCCAGUGGUAAAUGAAAAUGGUAUUUUGCCCGUGCAGAGACAUCCCAGAACAUUUUUGGGCAACGUGAAAUUUUACCUGACACAGUUCAGCGAGGCGACCACAAUUCACGGUAUCAGGUACAUUGGAGAACGUGGGCGCAGUAUUUUGGAGAGGGUAAUUUGGACGAUCAUUGUCGUUACCGUUUGCGUUCUUUGUGUGUACUUAAUCCGAAAAAGCUACAUAAAAUGGAAAACUUCACCAGUGAUUAUGACCUUUGCCACAGAGGAAAUUACAAUCGGGCAAAUACCGUUUCCGGCAGUAACUGUAUGUCCCGAAACUAAAUUUAAUCCGAAGAUAUUUAACUUCACCGAAAUGGUUAGGAGGAAACGGUUAGGAUUGCCGCUCACACAUGAGGAAAUCGAUCACCUACACCUGUCUUACUUAGUUUGUCGUGACACCACGGAGUACACCAAUUUCUUCCUGACGUCAACACUGAAUCGCACAUAUGUCGGUGAUGUGCCCGAAAGAUUAUUUGAGAUGCAGCCAGACCCCAACCCUAUGAACUUAACCGAAAUUAAAUGGAUUGACACGUAUCUGAAUUUCUCCGAGGCGCUCAUUCGAAGUGUUACCACCCAAGGGGUUUGUCGCACAUUUAAUAUGAUGGCUUACGACGAUAUGCUCAGGCAUGGCAACAUGUUUAAGAGGCGCACAACAUUCUCAAGGAGAAUUCGUAAUUGGUCGUUAAAACAUGGAUACCAUACCAAGGACCACGAUGGCUAUCCCCUUCGAACGUUCACCCCGGGAAUAGAUGGAGGUCUAACCAUCGACUCACUGGUUACCAACAGUAGUCAUCUGGAGGAUUUGUGCGAGGGAUCUUUACAAGGCUUCAAAGUCGUGAUCCAUCCUACGGCCGAGUUUCCUAACAUGGAAAAGCACAUCAAGCUACCGUUAGACAGUGUAGUAAACAUUGCCGUAAAACCCUCGGUGGUAUUGGUGUCAAAAGAAUUACGCGAAUAUUCCCCAAAGGAGAGAAAGUGCUACUUUUUCGAUGAAAAGUACUUGGCCGCCUACAACUUCUAUACUCAGCAAAAUUGCAUGGAUGAGUGUUUGGCCAACUACACCCGUGCACGUUGCGGAUGUGUUCCAUUCUAUUUUCCGCCAUACGGGGAGCAAGUGGACGUUUGUGGUCCAGGCAGUUCCGAAUGCGUAGACUACAGCAAAUUGAAAUAUUUGGAAUUGGAAGAAGAAUCUGGUUUAGGAGCUCAACGCUGUGGAUGUCUACCAUCAUGCACGUCCUUGUCAUACGAAGUUGAAACUUCCCAAAUGGACUGGAACUGGAAACGCUUCUUUUACGUGGUACAGGAACUCGGUUAUGUGCUCUCCAACGGUGAAGCUCUGAAUAAGUAUUGUUCUUUUUGGAGGGUAACCGGAUAA